AUGACGCUACUGGCAUUGAGUCAUUUACAGGUCCUGCCCCGGCGUUCGGCCUUGCGCCAGGUACAAAGAGCACGAUUCUCAACGACUAAACUAGCAUUGGCUGCGCAAGUCGGACACUCGACAGCAAUCGCACAAUCAGACGUAAACCGCGAACGAGUUAUCAUCCUCGGAUCCGGCUGGGGAGGGUACAGCUUCUCGCGCAGACUAUCCGCAGACUCCUUCGCGCCGCUUAUUAUCUCCCCGAGGUCUUACUUCGUCUUCACGCCGCUCCUUACCGACGCUGCCAGCGGCGCACUCGAUUUCUCGAAUAUCGUCGAACCGGUGCGGGAUUCCAAGGCGAAAGUCGAUUUCAUUCAGGCGGCUGCGCGGGCGGUCGACUUUGACAAAAAGACGGUGCUGUGUGAAUCGACGGUGGUUAAGAGUGGUGUUACGGAAUCACCGCGGACACACGAAGAUGAGCGGUUACAUGAGGAAGGCCCUGAAACUACAAGUCACCGGCCCAUGACUGAGGCGCGGAGAUGGGAGCAGGGAGAAAUGUUCGAGGUUCCGUAUGACAAACUAGUCAUCGCGGUGGGUGCAGUGAGCAAGACGUUUAAGACGCCCGGUGUACGACACAACGCCAUGUUCUUCAAGGACAUCGGCGAUGCGCGCCGGGUCAAGCGUCGCGUGCGGGAAUGCUUCGAACUAGCCGUACUCCCAACAACCUCACCGGAAAUGCGCAAGCACCUACUACACUUCGCCAUCGUCGGCGCCGGUCCCACGGGCACAGAACUAGCAGCGAACCUCCGCGACUAUAUCUAUCAAGACGUAGUCCGUCUAUACCCGGCCCUUGAAGGCAUUCCACGCAUCUCGCUCUACGACAUCGCCCCUAAAGUCCUCUCCAUGUUCGACGAGUCCCUUUCCCGCUACGCAAUGGACACUAUGCAAAAAGAAGGCAUCGAGAUCAAAACCUCCCACCACGUCAAAGGUCUCCGUUGGGGCGCACCCGGCGAUCCACCACCAUACGACAUGGAUCCAAAACGAUGCCUAACCCUGUCAACCGAGGAAGAAGGAGAAGUCGGCACCGGCAUGUGCGUAUGGGUGACAGGCAAUGCAAUGAACAAAUUCGUCUCGCGCGCACUGCAGGAUCUCAGCUCCCUCCCCACGGACUCCGUACUCAUGAAAGACGGCUCAAAGCCACCCACCGAGGUAACAAACACUACCUGGCACGUGAAAAAAGCAUCCAAAGUCGGCGCACUACUCGUCGACGGCCAACUCCGCGUGCAGCUCGAAAACGACCAAGGCCAAACAGCAGUCAUGCAAGAUGUCUUCGCAAUGGGUGACAACGCCAUGCCCGAAACCGGUGCUCCACCAGCUACUGCGCAAGCAACCUUCCAAGAAGCCAAAUGGCUAGCGACGCGGUUCAACAAGGGCGAUAUCCAGCAAUCCGGUCCAUUUUCGUUCCGGGAUCUAGGAUCGCUGGCGUAUAUCGGGGACGCUAAUGCAUUGAUGCAGAUCCCACACGAAAAGGACGGGUAUAAGUAUCUGCCGCAGGGGUUGACGGGGCGGACCGCAGCACUUGUGUGGAAUUGGGCGUAUGCGACGAUGAGCAUUAGCUGGAAGAACAAGAUAAGGGUUGUGUUUCGGAGACUAUUGAAUAAGGUGUAUGGACGGGAGGUGUCGAGGUAUUAG